GUCGGAGCUGCAGGCUUAUACUAAUGGCAAGAAGUAUCAGCGGCUGAUAAAGACAGCCAGGGAGUUUGACUAUGGCAAGUUUGAGCCCCAUAUAGUGCCCAGCACAAAGAAUCUACACCAGCUGUUUUGCAAGCUCACUCUCAGACACAUCAACAAGUUCCCAGAGCACGUGCUGCGCCAUGUCCAAGGGAAGCGCUACCAGAAGGCCCUAAAAACAUAUGAGGAGUGCCAGAAGGAAGGAGUGGAGUACGUCCCGGCUUGCUUGCGGCAGAAGAAGCAGCGGACGCAGCAUGCUGAUGACCAGAUGAACGGGAGUGGGCAGCCUUACAGAAAAGAGGAAUUCUGGGAGCCAAAGUCCAGCGAUGAGGAUGGAGAGGAGACGGAUGACAGCAUGAGUGACCUGUAUCCACCUGCACUCUUCCCAGAAAAAAGCCCGGCAGCUCCACAAACCACGAAGGGCAGCGAUGAAUUUGCAACAGAUAGUGAGGAUGACGGGGCCAAGCAGAACGGUGAUGUGAAUGGAAGGGACGGCGGAAGAACCAAUGUCAGCAGAGCAGCUGGCACCAAAAGGGGAAAGAAACAGACAGGCCCUUUAAAGAAGAAAUUCAAGAGUCAUCAUCGAAAACCCAAGAACUUCAAGAAAGCAACUAACAGCAAAUAA